GCGUCACGGCCGCCCGCGAUAAAUGCCCGCCGGGGCGGGAGCCGCGGGAGGAGAAGCGUGGAGCGGCUCGGGGCGGUGGUGGCGACCCGGAGGCGGGCGGGGGAGGCGGCGGCCGCGGCUGAGCUCGGCGGCAGCCCCGCGCCGCGGCUCCGCUGCUGGACACGUCCGUGCCGCUCCCGGCGGGGCGAGGCCGUGCCCGCGGCCCCCGGCCCCACGCGGGCGUGGCGAGGAGGCGGCGGAGCGGAGCUGGCUGCGGGAGAGCGGGCAGCCGCCGCCGGAGGGCCAGCAAACCUGGAAGAAAGACUUUGUCUUGGAGCUAACUCCUGAGCAUUUUGAGAUCAUUCAUCAUGAAGUAUGUAGUACAGGAAUGGCUCAGAGUAACUACCUUGCUAUUCAUAGCUCAAGCAGUUUCUGCAAUGGUUCUUCCCAAUGCCACGCUCUUAGAGGAACUUUUGGAAAAGUACAUGGAUGAAGAUGGUGAGUGGUGGAUCGCCAAGCAGAGAGGGAAAAGGGCUAUCACAGACAGUGAUAUGCAAAGUAUCUUGGAUCUCCAUAAUAAAUUACGGGGUCAGGUGUAUCCACCAGCUUCCAAUAUGGAAUAUAUGACAUGGGACACAGAACUGGAGAGAUCUGCAGAGUCAUGGGCUGAAACCUGUCUGUGGGAGCAUGGCCCAGCAAGCCUCCUUCCAUCUAUUGGGCAGAAUCUGGGGGCACACUGGGGAAGGUACAGACCUCCGACAUUUCAUGUCCAGGCAUGGUAUGAUGAAGUGAGAGAUUUCACAUAUCCCCAUCCUCAUGAAUGCAAUCCAUAUUGUCCGUACAGAUGCUCUGGUCCUGUUUGUACACAUUAUACACAGGUUGUUUGGGCUACAAGUAGCAGAAUUGGUUGUGCAAUUAAUUUGUGUCAUAACAUGAACAUCUGGGGGCAGAUUUGGCCAAAAGCAGUUUAUCUUGUAUGCAAUUAUUCUCCUAAAGGGAACUGGUGGGGUCAUGCUCCUUAUAAACCCGGCCGCCCGUGUUCUGCAUGUCCCCCUAGUUUUGGAGGAGGUUGUAGAGAAAACCUUUGUUAUAGAGAGGAUUCAGGAAGACCUUAUUCCCCCCAUGAACCAGAAGAGGAAACCAAUGAGAUUGAACGUCAGCAAUCCAAAGCCCAGGAUGCAACCGUGCAAAGCCGGCCAAGAACACAUCAACCUCCAGCCUCCACAGGCACUGAUGACAGUGAGAAAAAUGAAGUGAUAAGCACACAGCAAAUGUCUCAGAUUGUUUCAUGUGAAGUAAGGCUAAGAGACCAGUGCAAAGGAACAACUUGCAAUAGGUAUGAAUGUCCUGCUGGCUGUUUGGAUAGCAAAGCCAAAGUUAUUGGAAGUGUACAUUAUGAAAUGCAAUCCAGUAUUUGUAAAGCUGCCAUACAUUAUGGCAUCCUAGACAAUGAAGGUGGUUGGGUUGAUGUUACUAGGCAAGGGAGAAAAAAUUACUUUAUCAAGUCUUACAGAAAUGGUGUUCAGUCAAUUGGAAAAUACCAAUCUGCUAACUCCUUCACUGUCUCUAAAGUAACAGUUCAGGCUAUCACCUGUGAAACCACAGUGGAACAACUGUGCCCAUUUCAAAAACCAGCCUCACACUGUCCAAGGGUGUAUUGUCCUCACAACUGUAUGCAGGCAAAUCCACACUACGCUCGUGUAAUUGGUACACGAAUUUAUUCUGAUAUCUCCAGCAUCUGCCGGGCAGCAGUGCACGCCGGCGUGGUGCGCAACCAGGGCGGCUAUAUCGAUGUGAUGCCAGUAGACAAAAGAAAGGUCUAUGUGGCCUCCUUUCAGAACGGGAUAUAUUCAGAAAGUUUACAGAAUCCUCCAGGAAGCAAGGCUUUCAGAGUAUUUGCCGUUGUUUGAAUCUAGCAAGUAAAACAUAAAACAGGCAAGUGAAACCAGAGCACUUGGAAAAGAUUAAUACAGGCCAUUUCUUGAUGAUUCCUAAAAUUUGUAUAAAGCUGUAACAUUAUUGUACAGAAGAUGUAUACUGCUUUCCACCAAAAAGUUUAAAUUGCAUAUAAAUCUUAAUGAAAAAAUUUGUAAAAAUAAACAUGGGAGAAACAUUCAUUUGAAAAUCUAUAAUGAUAUAUAACAAUACUUUGAAUCCUGUGUUAAAUAUUGCUAUAUUUUCUUAGCAGUUACUCCUAUACAGUUAAUUCAAAGCUCAUAAAUGUUCUUUGUUUUCUUCAUCUGAAUAUAUUAUUAUAUGGUGCUUUAUAUAUGCCACUAACAGUAACCUUAAAACUAUACCACAGGGAGGCCUGAGUUUUUAUUUUCAAUGUAUAUAAAAGAAGUCAUUCCAAUAUCUUGAUAAAAUAAAUCAUGCCUUAAAGUAAAAUAAAAACAUAUAUAACUUUUUGAUGAUUUAAAGUAGCAUUAGCCAUGAAAGCAUAAAUGAACAACUAGAUUGUUCUCAAUUUCCCACUAAUCAUAACAAGUACAAAUAGCUAUUUUGAAAUAAAAUGAGAAAUAUAGGACAUAGGAAGAAGCCCUGGGUCAUGCCAGCAUGCUUUCCUCUAAAAAAAGUAUUCUUAAGAGACUGGGCCAUUCAUAUCUAUUGUUUUUAAAAUAGAUUAAUAAAAUAUUUAUUAGAUGCUGCUAAGCUCUUUAGUUCAAAUGACCAUAAUUCAUUAUAGCCCAGUCCUUCACAGAUGUUCCACUAUCUUGGGAUGGGUGUGUGAAACAGACAUAUGUAACCUUGAAGGAUCUCAUAAAAUCUUUGUAUUGAGAAGUGCAGUAACCUGAAAUUAGGGAACAAGCCUGCAGUUCUGCCCAAACACAUGCUUUAUUUCUGCCAUGUGAUUCCUUCAAUUUACCUAAAUUUGGGUUUAGAAAAAGUGUACAAUUGCACACAUUAAAAAAAAAAAUAACUGUGAGCUGUACAUGUUAUCAAUAUGCUAAACAUUAAUAUGGGAGUAAAUGUUAAAAAAAACCAAAGAAAAUGGUAACAAAGGCUAACCUUGCUCCUUGUGACCUGGCAAAAUACUCCUGCAGGCCAGGAAGUAUAGUGGUACGAAGCCCAGUGACAAUUAUGUCAUUUGUUGCUUCACAAUUUUAAAGAAUUCAUUUAUGAUGAACAGCUUGGUACAUUAAUUUUACCAUAUUAUGGUAUAUGAAGAACAUGUAGUGGUGAUACUAUGUUUCUUUCUAUGAAAAGUGUAUUGGUGCUUUAAGACUGAAAAGCUGUUAAACUUUAUUUUUGGUAUAUUUUGUUUCUGUUGUUGAACUUAUUUCACUCCAACUUGUAAACUUAUUCAUAUUCUUCAUAUUUCAGAAUACUAUACUCUGCCUUCUCUUUUGCUACAUGUACUACCUCAUGUAGUUAGGCAAGCUUUGUUAGUUUUUUUAACCUGUUUUGAAUAAAAUUAAUUUACAUUGUAAGAAUACCUUUCACAGCUUUUUUUUUUCUUUUUUUUUUUUGUUCCUGAUUCAAGACAAAGAAAUUAACAGCCAUCCUAAAUAUAUGUCUUUCUUUGUUUUUCUGAACUAAACAUUGCAAGCAGCCAUAAUCUGAGGUUCUAAAAUUGUAAAGGCAGUUUAGACCCAAAACUUGCACUCAUUGUAUCAGAAGUCUUAUGGAUAAAUCUCAUUUUUUCAAGUUUUGACCAGGGUCAAAUCAAUGAGGGAGACAAAGAGUCUUUUAUGUAUAACCCUAUUUUUUUCUGCAAGUGGUGGCCAUUUAAAGAAGCUUUUAUAUAGAUUUUGCAAUACUGGCAUUAACCAUUUUUCAGGAUUGAAACCAAAGUGCAAGUAGACUUUGACUGUGGUGAGUCUCCAACUCAGUCAAAGGCUUGAGACAAACUUGCAACACCUUUUCUUAACAGCACCAAAGCAGUAGCACAGGAAGGUCUUGCAUAGCUGCAGUUGGGAUUAUCAGAACAUAAAAUGCAGUAAAGCCACCCUUGAAGUUAAGGACAUGCAUCACUACUGAGGGAGGCUUUUCAAACAUAACAUUUUGACUGCAGCAGCAGUGUCCCUUUCCAAAAGGCAGGAUGUGCUUCCUUGCAGCCUGGCCUUGCCACGCAGCAGCUCUCUGUGCCCCUGCCUGGCCUGUGAUCCCCAGCAGGCUCCUCAGAGCCCCUGCAGGGGCUGUGGGGUGCUGUGGACGUGGGUGCUGAGCCUGGUCUGUGCACAGGGCAGAGCAGAGCCUGUGGGGAGGAGAAGAGCAAGGCAGCCACACCUCCGGGCAUAACCACAACUUCUUCCUUGGGGUGGGUGGGUGGAUACAGUCCUGCAUGGAAACACAAUUGCCACACCAAAUUUCUAAAUUUCUGCCCUUUUCCUCCUUUUUUUUUUCCUGGUGCCUUUUUUUUGGUGGUGUGGGGUGUUUGUUGUUUUUUGUUUGGUUGGUUGGGGUUUUUUUUUGGUUUUUUUGGUUUUUUUUUUGGUUUUUUGGGUUUUUUUGGUUUUUUCUUUUCGGUGUAUCUUUGCUUUCUUUUUAUGUCAAGUCCAGCCUCCACUUCCUGGAAGUUCCUGUGCAGUGGGGCAGGGUGGACCCUUGGGGCCAUAACAAGAAAAUUAGUGCUUGGUGGGAGGAGAAAGAGAGAUACCUCCAACAUUCCAUGUGUGAAUAAUUGCUGUGAGCAGCUCUACUAAUCAACAGAGUGACAAGAAGAAAGUUCCUCAUCACCCUUUCUCCUCACAUAUUCCAUUGCCCAAAUUUUUGGAGUUCUGUUGCUUUCCCACAUGUAAUGACUAUCCUGUUCUUAUCUAAAUAUUCCAGCUAACACUGGCUUUUUGAGAAAUGUCCUUCUGUAUUUACUGUAAGUAAUGAGUCAAUGAGUAUACAUUUCCAGAAAGCUGUAGAGUGGGAGCUACACUUUGGUAUUUCUUUCUGCAGCAGAAGCAACUGUAGGCCAGAUGGUCACAACAAAUUCACACCAAGCCCGAAAGAAUAGCUAAGAGUAUUGGAAAACUUGGAAAACUUGGCUGAUGAAAAAAACAUACAGAAAAUUCAGUUUUAGAAUUCUGAAGAAUGUUUGGUUAACUGAGAAGUUUAAAAAUUGUGUUCUGCACUUGAAAUAAAAAAAAAAAGGAUAAUCAGUAAGAAAGUAUAGCUUAGUUAAUGCUAUUCAUAAUAUUUAGCUUUCUUCUCGGGGAAGACAGACCUAGAAGUAGCCAACAGGAAUUAUUACAACUUGUACAUAACAAAAAUGUAUUAAUACAUUGAUACUGUUAAUGUAUUAAUACACUAAUACUGUCCUAAUAUUUGUCAUUUAGAAUUUCUGAAAGGGCUACAAUUCCAAGAAAUGUAAACCUG